CGGGUCUUAGGAGGUUAAAGAAGGAAUCACUUUAAUGGGCUAGAUUACAGCUGUGUAUCCUGUGUGCUAACCGAGGUUACGUUAGCUCCCCGUGCCGUAAACAUGUUUAUUUCAGGAAGGAUAAGAAAUUAUUAUUUAUAGAACAACAAACCUGCUGUAAACUGUCUGCAGCUCACAAGAAGUUUAUUUAUUUAAUGCUGAUAUUCAUCAGCUGUCAGAUAUUAUUAAAAAAAAACCUUCCUGCUGUCCUCACACCGAGGUCUGAGGGACUUCAGGACUGCUGACGCUGUUUUCCAGUGUUCUGAUUGAUGGCGGGCAAAGUGAAGAAGCCGGGAAAACGCGGCCGUAAACCUGCCAAAAUCGACCUGAAGGCCAAACUGGAGCGAAGCCGGCAGAGCGCCCGCGAGUGCCGAGCCCGGAAGAAGCUAAGGUACCAGUACCUGGAGGAGUUGGUUUCCAGUAAGGAGAGAGCCAUCUGCGCCUUGCGGGAGGAGCUUGAGAUGUACAAGCAGUGGUGUUCGGCCAUGGAUCAGGGCAAGAUUCCAUCAGAGAUUAAAGCUCUGCUCACCGGAGACGAGCAGAAAAUGCCUCCAAGCGGUGGCAACAAGACGUCCAAGAACAGCAAGAACAACAUCAGUAGCAGCAAUGGGCAGAGUUAGACGCUUUUCCACCUCCUUCUCCUGCUCCUCUCCUGCAUUUCAUCACUCACACAGGACUCAUGAGACCUUUAAACCUCCAGAGAAUAAACCUCCCUCUGUUCUCAGCACGGAGGUUCACCUCCUCGUACAGUGCAUGUAGUAACCCUCACAGCCAGCAGGGGGGGUACAAAAGCUCCUGGCUGCAGGUCAGAUCCGACAUCUUCACACAGAAGCAGCAGAAAGUUGUUUGUGGAGCUGAAGCUUAAUCACCAUUCCAGUGAAUAAAGAUGUUAAACUUGAGAACACAAAUACAUGCUCUGAACUGAGGAUCAAUGUCUUUCUGUGGUGGUUUGCAGGUCACAUGACUUACUCCUGUUUCUAAACUCUUAUAGUGACGUGUGUGUGUGCAGCUGUUGGACAGCUGUUGUGUUAUUGUUGUCUGGUCAUCGGGUCAAGCCGGGCUUUCCUCUGGUUUGAUCCUGAUAACAUCUGUGAGCUGAAGGACUGACUAAACCAGCAGCGAGCAGGUCGGCGCCCGCGGCUUCUUUUCACGCACUAAAAUCUGAAAUCUUGUUUCUGAACAGCUUGUAAGCUUUUUUUUUUGUGCACCUUUGUAAACAUAGCUGAAGCACUUUCUUUUAAGAUUGUAGAAAAUGUGUGUUUAAAAUGUCUAAGAGCAAAUAAAUAAAUAAACUGUUUGAUCCUCA